CAAAAUUAUUCUGCAAAAAAAACACCAAUGAAAUAUUUGUUUAGUAUUUAACGUCUCCAUGACAAAUCAAACUGCAACAAAGCUUCCAUUUUCAAAUCUCAAGCUUCUUCUUCUCCCUUUUGGCUUCCCUUUUUAUUAUUAUUAUUAAUUUUUAUAAUCCAUCGUUCAAAAGCCAUUCUUUACUUUGUUUCAACUUCUGUUGCUCUGUUUUGUUCCUGCUUUUCUUGCUCAAAUCUCAAAAGCUCUGUGGAAUUUUUGUGGUUUUUGAAUUUGAUGGCCUCUUUGUGAUUUAAAAGCUUUACUUGCAGCUGUUCAGGUUUUAGGCUCUAAUGGGUUCAAGUCCCUGUUGGUGUCAUUGGGAUUUCUUUUUGGAUCUUUUUUUGAAUUUAUUUUCGUAUGAUAUGCAAGUCCACGUCUUCUAGUGAAAAGGGAUUUUACUUAUGUAGAAUGAGGGCCACACUCUCUAGGUGCUAACUUUUAUUCUCCUAUUCCAAAAUUUGAAAGAAACCACCUUAUAGAAGAAAGAGGCCUCCUAUAUCAUGAGUCAAAUGGGGCAGAAGAACAGGUCUCUAGUCCAGUGAGAAGAGAAGUAGUUAACAGAUCAUUAUCAAGCAUGAAGUCUCUUGAGAGUGAUAAAAGUGACCUGGAGGGUGGUAAACUGGAAAAAGAGAGAGAUAAAACAAUACAUAAAAACAGGGCAGCUAAAAUGCAAAAUCAGGCCUUAUGGUCUGGCCUUGCAUACUGUGCAUCCUCUUGCUGUAUGAUACUGGUUAACAAGUUUGUGCUUUCUGGAUAUGAAUUUAACGCUGGAAUAUCUUUGAUGCUGUACCAGAAUUUUAUUUCAGUAAUUAUUGUGUCUACAUUGAGUGUUAUGGGGGUAAUAUCAACAGAACCUCUAACAUGGAAGCUGAUUAAAGUCUGGUUACCUGUAAAUGUUAUAUUUGUUGGAAUGCUCAUUACAAGCAUGUUUAGUUUGAAAUACAUUAAUGUCGCUAUGGUCACAGUACUGAAGAAUGUUACUAAUGUAAUUACUGCACUUGGUGAGAUGUAUUUGUUCGAGAAGCAUCAUGACAACAGAGUCUGGACUGCUUUAUUUCUAAUGAUCAUUUCUGCAAUUUCUGGAGGGAUUACUGAUCUAUCUUUUCAUGCUAUUGGGUACACAUGGCAGAUUAUAAACUGUUUCUUAACCGCAUCAUAUUCUCUAACACUACGACGGGUCAUGGAUACGGCCAAGCAAGCAACAAAGUCUGGAAACUUAAAUGAGUUUUCAAUGGUCUUGCUAAAUAACACCCUUUCCUUGCCCUUGGGGAUUCUUCUUGCUUAUAUCUUUAAUGAAGUUGAUUAUCUGUCUAGAACACCACUCUUGAGGUUGUCUAGCUUCUGGUUAGUAAUGACACUAAGUGGGUUUCUUGGUUUAGCAAUCAGCUUCACUUCUAUGUGGUUUCUUCAUCAAACUGGUGCCACCACAUACAGCCUGGUGGGGUCUCUGAAUAAGAUCCCUCUAUCUGUUGCCGGCAUUCUUCUUUUUAAGGUUCCUACCAGUUUGGAAAACUCUGCUAGCAUAUUUUUUGGUCUUCUAGCCGGAGUCUUUUUUGCUAAAGCCAAAAUGCGGGAGAAAUCUCAGGGACAAUAAUUAUUGAAGGUCUUGUACCUCAGCCUUGAUUGAAUAGGCUAGAAGUUUGUUUGCUUUGGUAAUUUGCUUCAGGCAACAUGAUUAUUUGAUGUUGUACCUAUUUAUCAUAUUCUGUAAAAUCUGGAGAAUCACAUGGCAGUUUUGAUUGAGGAAGGACUGGAGUCAGGUAUGUUGGCCAUGCAACUGGAAAAUGGAGUGAAUAUUGGAUUGAUUUGAGCAACUGAUUUUCUCUUAUUGGAAGAGAAUACUCUGCCACUGGUUUUUUCCCACCUGUGUAUCAUAUUGGGGCACAGGUUUUAUCUUGUAACAUUGUGUUAUAGUCAGAAAUGCAUCUUCUUUUGUAGCGCAUGCCUGGACAUGCAAUGCAAUGAAAGGAUCGAAAUGAGUACCACUAGACCA